AUGAGGCUCGUCCUCACAACAGACAUCUCCGUCUGGGACCGGUGUUGUUGGAUGAUGGCUAUCAAUGAACCCAAACCAAGAAGUCGACCCUUCAUCGCCAACUGCAUCAUCCUCCUCACUUGCACGCACCGUCCAAACCAGAAGAUAAGGAUUGAAAUAGUGGAGAAAAUGAGGCAGAAGCUGGGGAAACCACUUGUUUUGUGGAACGCUGCGAAUACCAUGUAA